CAUAGGCCUUGCAGGGAAUUCGAGCGAAAAUACAAGCCGCAUGCAUUUUGCAUUGCUGAUUACCGACACACUCAGCAGACGACAUCCACUGCUGCUGUCGUACCGUGAACCCAUUGUAUACCCACCACGCACAAAAUUUAUAUGGAUUUACAGGAUAUUUUAUACGGAAUAUUAUCAAUUUUGAUUUCAUUGCAUUAGCAUCGGACCUCUAUUACAGGAGUUCACAUUCAGACUUAUCAUCUCCACUUGAAUCAUACUGACUGGUUCCAUGACUUUCAAGUUGUGCAAAGUGGAAAUGGAUAUCUACUGGGAUUGGAGCUCAGAGGUGAAAGUUAGAUAAACUGUUCGACACAGAGGAUUCUAAAAUAGGAGCGUGUCAAAAGUUCGGGAUCAAACAAAUCAUUUUUCCAUGAUGACGACCUGCAUGCUUCAAGGGAAGCGGUUCUACUGCCGUGAAUGGGCCUUCCAGAAGCUUGUCCAUGGCUUGGACAACAGACAGGCUUCAAGAACAUGUGGAACUCUAAUUAUGGGAGGGCCAGGAAGUGGAAAGACGGCGGUCUGCUCCGAAAUUGUCUGGCCGACUAGUUCGGGGAAGCAACGUAGCCUUACAAAGAGGAUGCUGGCAUAUCAUUUCUGUGAGGCUCACAAUCGAGAGUCCCUGUCCGUGUCAAAGUUCAUUCUAGGACUGGUCAACAUGAUCACACGCUCCACUCUCAUCCAUGGCUAUGACGAGAAGCUGAGGGACCCAAGUGUGCAAGCUGUCCUGGAGCCUGCUGCCUGUGAGCGUAAUCCAGAUGAAGCAUUCAAGAAUGGAGUCUUGGUGCCUCUUUGUUCUCUAAAUCCACCAUCUCGUAACUGCUUCAUUCUUGUGGAUUCUUUGGAUGAGGCUUAUCCUGCGAUGGAAGGAGAUAGUCCUGCAGGAAGCAGAACCAUUGCAGAGCUUCUUGCAAAUCACCAUGAACUUUUUCCACCUUGGCUCUGCCUCCUGUGCAGUGCUCGCCGUCAAAGUAAGACUGUUACGCGUAUGUUCACAGGUUUUCGUAAGCUCAGCCUGGACGAUCUUCGCAAGUCCCAUGUAGUGAGGGAUGUACAGCAGUACAUAUUGAGGAGACUAGAUCAUGAGGAGGCAAUACGUACGCAACUGAGUAAAGACACUGCAGAAAUGCUGAAUCAGUUGCACAUCAAGAGCAAUGGGUGCAUCAUGUAUCUGGAGAAAGUGCUGGAUGGAGUGGCAGAUGGCUUCAUUUCACUUCAAGACAUCACUGAAAUUCCAGGAACUCUAAAUGGAUUGUACCUAUGGUUGUGCCAGCGUCUGUUCCUGAAGAAACAGUUUGCGAAAAUCAGACCAGUUCUUGGAGUAAUGCUUGCUGCUCAGUGCCCUCUUACUGAGCUUGAACUUUAUGCAUGUGCUAAGACUCGUAAUUUUGCCCUGACAAGAGAGGAAUUCCAGGACAGGCUGAAGAUGAUGUGCAAAAUUCUGGUGAGAAGUAAGGACAACCGGAUUCUAAUCUUUCAUUAUAGCUUUUCUGAAUGGCUGCUUGAUGUCAAGUAUUGCACACAGAAAUACAUGUGCAGUCUCACUGAAGGCCACACCAUGCUUGCAUUGAGGUAUACAUGUAGUGCUCCAGACUUGACUCCUUCGCAGGUGCAGGACUUUGCAAGAAAUCUGAUCCAAGCAGGGAUUUCACCACCUCUAGAUAGUAGCCAUCUAGCACUGUGGCUAAUUUGGGCUGGUACACCACUCUAUGAUUGCCUAGCUUCUCAGUCCCCAAAGGAUAAGCAAGUCACACAAUUAUUGGUCAGUGCUGGUGCCCGAGUUGUAGAUAUGGACAGGAAUUCUUUGAUUCUCCAAGAUGCUCUUGAGAAACAGGAAUCUCUACAUUCACUCAUCAGUAGUGGUGCAUCAAUAAACCAAGUUGAUAGCAAUGGUCGUUCACUUCUUGCCAAUGCUGCCUACAGCGGAAAUCUUGAAGUCGUUCAAUCGUUACUCAUCUAUGGUGCAGAUGUUGGAGUGACUGAUAGGACAGGCCAAACAGCUCUUGGGUUGGCAGCUCGACAUGGACAUGUGGAAGUUGUUGCUUUGCUGUUGAGCCAUGAUGCUGAGGUUGAUCAUGUGGAUCAUGAUGGAUGGACACCUUUGCGCUCUGCAGCCUGGGCUGGCCAUACAGAUGUUGUUACAACACUUCUCAACAAAGGAGCAGUAGUGGAUUGUAGUGAUCACAAUGAAAAGAGAACUGCAUUGAGAGCAGCAGCAUGGGGCGGUCAUGCAGAUAUUGUGAAAACUCUUGUUGAUCAUGGUGCCAAUGUCAAUCAAGCUGAUCAUGAAGGAAGGACUGCACUUAUAGCUGCAGCAUACAUGGGACAUAGUGCUAUUGUGGAAUAUCUUGUAAACAAUGGGGCAGAAAUAAACCAUGAGGACUUUGAUGGUCGUACUGCAUUGUCUGUUGCUGCAAUGUCCAUAGCUGUUAAUCAGGGACAUACUGAUGUUGUUACACUUCUGAUUGAGAAAGGUGCUGCUGUUGAUCAUAGGGACCAUGAGGGAAUGUCACCACUGUUGGUUGCUGCCUACGAAGGCCACCAAACUGUCGUUGAACUGCUGUUAGAAGGUGGAGCUGAUGUUGAUCAUACUGACAACAACAACAGGACAGCAUUGAUUGUAGCUGCUUCUAUGGGACACCCCACAAUUGUUAGGACACUUCUCUAUUGGGGUGCAGCUGUGGAUACAAUCGAUGGAGAAGGAAGGACGGUAUUAUCAAUUGCCGCAUCUCAAGGUAAUUGUGAGAUUGUCCGCAUGUUGCUAGAGAGGGGAUUAGAUGAGAUGCACAAAGAUAACCAUGGAUGGACACCAUUACAUAUGUGUGCUUAUGAGGGUCACCAAGAUGUCUGCCUUGCAAUCCUUGAGCAGGGUCCUCAUGUCACUGUGGACAUUGCUGAUCGGGAUGGACGUACCCCUCUUGUACUUGCUGCUCAAGAGGGGCAUAUGGAAGGUGUGAAGGUAUUGCUGGUGCAUGGUGCCAACGUUAGUCAUUGCUCCCAUGAUGGUCGUACAGCUCUUAGGGCAGCUGCAUCAGAGGGACAUCAGGGACUUGUGUGCUUAUUCUUGGAGCAUGGCGCAGACAUCAAUUACAGAGAUGCUGAAGGAAGAUCAACUAUGUAUAUGCUUGCCUUGGAGAACAAACUCCCUAUGGCUCAGUUCUUUUUGGCAAAUGGUGCCGAUACCGAACUUUGCGACACAGAAGGUAGAACUGCUCUACAUGUAGCAUCAUGGCAAGGCCACUCUGAUAUGGUCUCUCUCAUCCUCCAAAGUAAUGCGAAUCCCAAUGCAGUUGAUAAGGAACGCAGGUCUGUGCUGCAGUCAGCAGCAUGGCAAGGCCAUGUCUCUGUGGCAAAGGUAUUAUUGGAAAGAGGAGCUGAUAUAAACCACACAUGUAAUCAAGGUGCAUCUGCACUUUGUAUUGCUGCACAAGAAGGCCAUGUCGAUGUUGUCAAAGCCCUUCUCCAGUAUGGCGCUAAUCCAAAUCAUGCUGAUGAGCACGGACGUACACCAAUGAAAGUUGCCUUGAAGGGUGGCCACGAGGAAGUCAGCAAGUUAUUGGAAGAUUAUGGUGUUCAAAAUCCCUUGUCACCUCCAUCAAGCAGAGCAUCUUCAAAGAGAAGUGGUAGUUCUUUGUCAUCAAGCAACAGUGACAAUAAGCCAUCAGUGUUAACUAAUGGUGCCUUACUCCAAGGUAGUUCUCCCUCAAACUCUCCGGACUCUACCUAUGACAAGAGGAAAUCUUGCACUUCAAAUCCUUCAACAAAGUCGUCAUCAAAUCUAACAAACUCUACCAACAACUCAUGCUUGCAUCUAAGUGCAAUGAGGGAAAAUCGAACAACAACGUCUUUCACAGAGCAGCUACAACAACAUAUGGUGUCUCACAAGAGAGCCCCUUCCCCACGAACAUGCUCUCCAGACCCCAAUCUGAUGAGAAAUGGCACUCCAACAAAAAUUACACCAACAAGUUCUUUUCAGACAAUACCUGAAAACAUCACUACAGCUCAUAGUUCAGAGCAGCUGCAAGGAACCCCAAAACAUGGUAGUAGAAGACAUCAAUCUGGACCAUCCAGUGCUGCAUCCCGUAGAACACAAUCACCUGCUCAUACGUCUCGUUCAUCAUCUCCUUCAAUGCAUCAACAGCGGGAACAGCUAUCAGCAACCCCGAGUGAAGGAUCCUCCCAACCAUCUCCACGGCACUCCCCUAGACGCCAGAGCUCUUCAAGCGCCCCAAGCUCCCCAACUAAUUCUGAUGAGCGGAAGCCACCACCAACACCUCAGAGAGUGCGGAAGUCUUCAAAUCCCCUUCCGAAUGGAUCCUCACAGCAUGUGAUGGUACACAAUGUGAAGUCUGCUUCACCAUCACCAACAAGACGUGCUGUACCCCGGACAAGCAGUCAGCAGAUGCCUCCGAAGAUGGGCAAUGGGCACUAUCAAAAUCACCAAGAUGUUCCAUCUCCUUGGCAUAAACAGCAGAGUCACAUGCACCUGAUCCAACAGCACCAAGAAUGCCAGCAAUCUCUGUACAGGGCCAGCUCCCUUGGAAGCAUCAACAGCCAGGAAUUGAACACUUCCUUCCAGAACCCUUCCAACGGUUCUCAUUACCCUCCUCAGGAUUACUCCCCACGCCUAUCCCGUAAGCAGAUGAACGAGAGCAACAGUUCCUGCCAUUACUGUGGACAACUCCAACCAUCUCCCACACAUGGUGCUAAGCACUCAUUUCAACAAUCUGUAAUCAUGCAACAGAAUGAAAUGAAGAUGGGAUCAUCCCAUCAACGCUCAAACUCUCAACCUGUGAACCUGACACCUGAUCAGGUCCAGGCCUAUACCCGCAAGGCCUCGCUUCCUGGCUCUUUCAACCAGAUCAACAUCCAACGCUUGAUGGGUGCCCAAAACAACCGUGUUCCAGGAUCACCUGAACCACGUACCAGACGCAAUGGCAUCUGUACCAACCCUAAGUUUCAACGAAAGGCAAACUUACCCCAAGGAAAUACUGGAUUAAACACUAGCCAAGGAAUGCUUAACCAAUCUGGGAUUAUUACAAAUGGAAAUGGAUUAUCAGCUCUGGAGAUUAAGCAAGCUGCUAAGAUUGGAUUUGAAGGGCCUUCCAGGAAUGGCUACAAGAAGGAGACACCCUUAUAAUGGUGAGUUAGUUUGUUAUUUUUUGUUAUUUUCUGCAUAUUUCCCUCAUUAACAAAAUUGGUGUCCAAAAUGCAGACAUAGAUUUAUGUCCACCAAACCAACAACAUCUCCCUGAACCAGUGUUAUCUGUUGGUAAAUACAUUUUUAACCUAGUUUAAUUGUUGGUAUAUGUAUUGCCUGAAUCAGAAUUGUUCCUCUCAGAUUGUCCUGACCCAAUUUGACCUACAGAGCAUUAAAUGAAACUCAAUAGUCAGAGAUUUUCACUGACAAUGAAAGCAACUGAAAUCCUUGCAUCUAAUUGGUUUAGUACAAAGUAUUCAGUGAAAAUCACUGGCAAGAUGCCCCAACACGAAACGAAACGCUCCCCUCCACAACUAAUGGUCCCAUGACCAGCUGCAUGGUGGUAACAAGGACCUUGACUCCUUUGUAAUCCCUCAAGAACGCCCUGUCUGCUCUUUGAGAUCAGUUACAUCUUAUAAGGUCAAGUUAUUGGUCACGUUUAUGUCCUUACCACCUGUAUAAGGCUGCUGCUGACCUGAUAGGGUGUGGUAUGCCCAUCUGCCACAACCAAUCAUACUGCUGUAGUCCAUUCAGACUAAAGGAAAUGUAGUGGAAACUGUUUGAGCCAAAAGACCAUCAAACUGAGUAACAUUGUAUACAGAAGGAAGUUACCAGAAAUCUAUUAGGAAACAUUGUUCAUACAUGUAUGUGAUAAGUUUCUUUAUUGCAAAAUUGGUUUGCUUGUUGGCUAA